AUGGAACAAGAUAACGUUGGACUGUCGUUCGAAAGAAUCGUUAGGAAGGAAAGAUUAUUGGGAAUUCAUAAGGCCCUUGCAGAGAACAGUGGAAAUUGUCUUAUUCUACAAAAUGCUUUCGAAAGGUACUUCAAAAUACUUCAACAAAAUACCAUUUCACAAGCGACAGUUCGUCGACUUAAGUCAUUUAGGGCGAAUUUAACUGAAGGAUCGAACUUGGGUUUGAUAACAAAUCUAACAGUUAACUUGAAUGGAGAAUGUUCAGAUAAUGACUACCCUAGUUUAGACAUUAAUGAGACAUACAUAUUAAAUGUUACUCAAUCAGUUGUCCAACUCGCAUCAUCCUCUAUAUGGGGUAUUUUAAGAGGUCUAGAGUCAUUUUCACAGUUACUUUAUUUAGGAUCCGAUGGAUAUACUGUAAGGCACGGAAUAUAUGAUUAUCCUAGAUACAAGCAUAGAGGAUUGCUUCUAGACACCUCUAGACAUUUUAUUCCUUUGAAACAAAUCUAUCAAAUUAUAGAUGCACUCGAAUACAAUAAAAUGAACGUCUUUCACUGGCAUUUGGUCGAUGAUCAGAGCUUUCCUUUUGUCAGCCAAAAAUUUCCAGAACUUAGCCAAUAUGGUGCUUAUGAUCCAGAACUUUAUGUCUACAAUACCACUGAUGUGCAGGCCGUUAUCGAAUAUGCCAGACAAAGAGGUAUCAGAGUAAUGCCAGAAAUUGAUACACCUGGACACACUAGAUCAUGGGGUGCUUCACAUCCAGAAAUUUUAACAGAUUGUUCUGUUGUACAAUCUGGAGCUUUGGGACCUCUGGACCCUACGAAAACAGAGACUUACACUUUUCUAAACGAUCUAUUAUCCGAGGUGAGGGGUGUAUUUAAGGACGCUUACAUCCAUCUUGGUGGUGAUGAAGUUGGUUUUGAGUGCUGGGAAAAUAAUGAAGAUAUAGUUAAGUAUAUGGCAUCUAACGACAUAAGUACAUAUGAAGACUUGGAAAGCUAUUAUAUUCAAAAAAUAAUCAAUUCAGCGAAUUCUUUGAAGUUCAAUUCAAUUGUUUGGGAAGAAGUAUUUGUAAACGGAGUAACUUUGCCCAACGAUACUAUCGUACAUGUUUGGAGAGAUUAUGGGAACUUCAAGUGGGUCGAAACAAUGAAAAGCGUAACGGAAUCUAAUAAACCAGCUUUACUAUCAGCCUGUUGGUAUUUAGACCAUCUUCAAACUGGAGGAGAUUGGCAAGGAUUUUAUGAAUGUGAUCCAACGAAUUUUGGUGGUAAUGAAGAAGAACAAAAUCUCGUACUUGGAGGUAUGUAAUCCGUACUAUUACCAACGAAUUUU